AUGUCAGAAUGUCUCGUACCUGGACAACCGGCAUCCGAGAGACUUCCACAAUUGGUAUAUGAUCAGCAGUUGGCGGAACAGGCGCAACGAUGGGCAAAUAAUUGCACAAUCAAUCAUGAUAAGCCGAGUGAUAGAAAACACCCGAAGUGGAAAUAUGUUGGGCAAAAUUGGGCAGCCGAUCAUUCGUACGAAAGUUCAUUCAAUUCAUGGUUCGUCGAACAUAUGAAUUACACGUUUGAUACAAUGGAGUGUGAUCCCGGAGUCCAAUGUGGCCACUACACUCAGAUUGUUUCGGCUAGAACGACACACAUUGGAUGUGGAUCGGCAAUGUGCAAAAAAUCUGUGAGGUUUCCAUGGCGAGUGACUGUCACUUGUAAUUACGGGCCAAACGGUAACGUUCCCGAGAUUUUGUCACCUUGUUUGGCUGACUUUAUUUGA